AUGCCAGUACAGGAGAUUGUCAUGGCAGAAGCAAAGAAAAUCGGGGUGGUCGGAGCCACCUUUCUCGUCGCCGGCAACAUGAUGGGCUCGGGUGUGUUCCUGCUGCCGUCCAGCCUGGCCAAGAUCGGUACCGCCUCGAUCUGGGGCUGGCUGAUCACCACUGCCGGCGCGUUGCUGCUGGCCUUCGUGUUCGCCAAGCUGGGCAAGCUGGCACCGAAGGCGGGUGGUCCUUAUGCCUACGCGCGUGACUGGUUCGGGCCGUACAUGGGCUUCCAGACCAACACCAUCUACUGGUUCGCCAACUGGAUCGGUAAUGUCGCCAUUCCGAUCGCCGCGGUGGGGUACUUCAGCUACUUCUUCCCGAUCCUGUCCGAACCGCUGGUGCGCUGCAUCGCGGUGCUGGUGCUGGUAUGGGCGCUCAGCUUCGCCAACAUGAUCGGCCCGGCCUUCGUCAGCCGCGUGCAGACGGUCACCACCAGCUUCGCGCUGGUGCCGAUCCUGGGCAUCGCCAUCUUCGGCUGGUUCUUCUUCGAUGCUGACAUCUUCAAGGGCGCCUACAACGUGUCCGGUGAAUCCAACUUCGGCGCGAUCUCCAGCGCCGCGGCACUGACCCUGUGGGCCUUCAUCGGCGUCGAAUCGGCCUCGGUGACCGCUGGCGUGGUCGAGAACCCGGAAAAGAACGUGGCCCGCGCCACGCUGGCGGGUGUGUUCCUGGCCGCGAUCGCCUAUAUCGCCAGCUCCUCGGUGAUCAUGGGCAUGGUGCCCAACGGCGAGCUGCAGACCUCCGAUGCCCCGUUCGCAUUGGCCGCGGCCAAGGCGGUCGGUGGCUGGGGCGGUGCGCUGGUCAGCCUGUGCGCCUUCAUCGGUGCUGCCGGUUCGCUGGGCGGCUGGAUCCUGCUGACCGCGCAGAGCGCCAAGGCGGCGUCGGAUGACGGCCUGUUCCCGAGCAUCUUCAGCAAGACCAACAAGGAUGACGUGCCGGUCAAGGGCGUGCUGAUCGUAGCGGUGCUGAUGACCCUGGCCGUGCUGGUCACCUCCACCUCGGAAACCGCGUCCGCGCAGUUCGACGUGAUCACGUCAGCGGCGGUGGUGCUGACGCUGCUGCCCUACAUCUACUCGUGCGUGGCGUGCUACUUCGUGGUCGAGCGUUCGCACACGCUGGUCCACACCGGAGCGUUCUGGACCCUGACCAGCCUGACCGUCGUGUACUGCCUGUGGGCGAUCUACGGCUCGUCAGGAACCAUCGUGCAGUACGCCUUCCUGUUCGUGCUGUUCAUCACCUCCCUGGACUACCCGGUCAUUGUCAUCGACAACGACUACGAGUCGCCGCGCAUCGGUGGCAUCCUGAUCCGUGCGCUGGUGGAGGAGCUGCGCAGCAACGACCAGCGCGUGCUGUGCGGCCUGAACCUGGAUGAUGCCCGUGCCGGUGCCCGCACCUACGUGGCGGCCUCGGCGGUGCUGAUCUCGAUCGAUGGCAGCGAAGAGGUGGACGGCGAGUUCCAGCGCCUGACCGCGUUCCUGCGUGAGCAGAGCGCGCGCCGCGCCAAUCUGCCGGUGUUCCUGUACGGCGAGCGCCGCACCAUCGAGAAGGUGCCGAGCAAGCUGCUCAAGUACAUUCACGGUUUCAUCUUCCUGUUCGAAGACACCAAGAGCUUCAUCUCGCGGCAGGUGAUGCGUGCGGCCGAAGACUACAUGAAGAACCUGUUGCCGCCGUUCUUCAAGGCCCUGAUCCACCACGCGGCCGAGUCGAACUACUCUUGGCACACGCCGGGCCAUGCCGGCGGCGUGGCGUUCACCAAGUCGCCGGUCGGCCGCGCCUUCCACCAGUUCUACGGUGAGAACACCCUGCGCAGCGAUCUGUCGAUCUCGGUGCCGGAGCUGGGUUCGCUGCUUGACCAUACCGGCCCGAUCAAGGAUGCCGAGAACGAGGCAGCGCGCAACUUCGGCGCCGACCAUACCUUCUUCGUCACCAACGGCACCUCCACCGCCAACAAGAUCGUGUGGCACGGUACGGUGGCGCGUGGCGACGUGGUGUUCGUCGAUCGCAAUUGCCACAAGUCGCUGCUGCACGCGCUGAUCAUGACCGGCGCGGUGCCGGUGUACUUCACCCCCAGCCGCAACGCGCACGGCAUCAUUGGCCCGAUCAGCCUGGACCAGUUCACGCCCGAGUCGCUGCAGCAGCGCAUCGCCGCCAAUCCGCUGGCCAGCAAGGCCUACCAGGCCGGCUCCAAGCCGCGCAUCGCGGUGGUCACCAACUCGACCUACGACGGCCUGUGCUACAACGCCGAGAAGAUCGCCGACGAGAUCGGCAGCGCGGUCGACUUCCUGCACUUCGACGAAGCCUGGUAUGCCUACGCCGCGUUCCAUCCGUUCUACGAGAACCAUUACGGCAUGGCCAAGGGCAAGCCGCGUGAGCAGGAUGCGAUCAUCUUCACCACGCAUUCGACCCAUAAGCUGCUGGCCGCGUUCUCGCAGGCGUCGAUGAUCCACGUGCGCAAUUCCGCACAUCGCAACCUGGAUGCCGAGCGCUUCAACGAGUCGUUCAUGAUGCACACCUCGACCAGCCCGCAUUACGGGGUGAUCGCGGCCUGUGACGUGGCCUCGAAGAUGAUGGAAGGUGACGCCGGCCGUUCGCUGGUGCAGGAAAUGCACGACGAGGCGAUCGCGUUCCGCCGCGCGAUGCUGCACGUGCGCGAUGACCUUGGCCGCGACGACUGGUGGUUCAGCGUGUGGCAGCCCACCAAGGUCGAGCGCAGCCUGGACAAGGGCGAUACGCCGGCACCGCUGGUGGCCAAGCGCGAAGAGUGGUACCUGCAGCCGGAUGCGCACUGGCACGGCUUCGAGAACCUGGUUGACGACUAUGUGCUGAUCGACCCGAUCAAGGUGACCCUGCUGACCCCGGGGCUGGCGAUGGACGGCAGCAUGGGCAAGCUGGGCAUCCCGGCGGCGGUGCUGAGCAAGUUCCUGUGGGGCCGCGGCAUCACCGUGGAGAAGACCAACCUGUACUCGGUGCUGUUCCUGUUCUCGAUGGGCAUCACCAAGGGCAAGUGGAGCACGCUGGUCACCGAGCUGAUGGCGUUCAAGGAGCUGUACGACCGCAACGCACCGCUGAGCCAGGCACUGCCGUCGCUGGCCGCUGACUACCCCAAUGCCUAUGCCGGCUGGGGCCUGCGUGACCUGUGCGAUGCGCUGCACGCGUUCAACCAGGAAUUCUCGGUGGCCAAGGUGAUGCGCGAAAUGUACGGCGAGAUCGAGCGGGUCGACAUCGAGCAGCUCAGCGGCCGCGUCGCCGCCACCAUGCUGGUGCCGUACCCGCCGGGCAUCCCGACCAUCAUGCCGGGCGAACGCUUCGGCGACAGCGACGAGCCGAUCAUCCAGUCGCUGCGCAUCGCCCGCGAGCAGAAUGCCCGUUUCCCGGGCUUCGAGUCGGACGUGCACGGGCUGAUCAUCGAGCACGAUGGCGAUGAGACGUCGUACAGGGUGGAGGUGCUGAAGGCCUGA